AUGGUGAACCCCUCAAGUCUUCUCUCUGAAGCCCGCUGCCUUCGUGAGGGAGUUCAGUGCUCACUUGCUGAUGAAGACCCCUGUCAGGGUGGCUCGCACAAAGUGUUCAAGGUCGUCUUUGAAGAUUCCGUACAGUGGGCUGCUCGUGUCUGCCAUGAUCCCAACAAUUGGAAGUAUGAAUUGCGUGCUGUUAAGAUAUUUCAGCACAUCAAACACAGCCACCCAGACAUCAAAGCGCCAGGUAUGUUUUUCAAGGCAGAACACCCUGUCUUAUAUUCAGACCCCCCUGGUUUUAUGCCAGAGUCAAAGCCCCGUUAUUCAGCUUGGCUUACGGAGAGCCUAGACCGAGGUCUCCGACGAACUCUCACCGGAACUGCUAGAUGGGGUGAUGCCAUCGACUAUCUGAUCAUGAGAUCAAUGAUCCCAGGCUAUGCUGGUGAUUAUGACAAGUACACAGAUGUUGGCUUCGCCCAUGGGGACUUGAAUGCGUACAAUAUCAUAAAAGACAAUGACUUCCACUUGACAGGAAGAGAACAUCAAGGCUGCGACUUCACAGCUGGAUGCUGUGAUUUGUAUCCCGAGUGGAGCGAAGUAGAAGGGGUGCAGAGGAUUAAGGGGAAGCUUGAUAAAUAUAUACGAUAG